GCCAGUCGGCGUAGCCAAAGCGGCCGGAUUCGAAUCAGCAGGUCCACCCAAUUCGAAGCAUGACGCCAUUGGACAUCAUCCACCGGCGCAGCGCGACGCGUUGCUGGCUGGGAGCGAUGCGUAACUGCCACUGACGUGAGGCGACGCAUCGUGCGACGUCACCCUCCGGGCUAUAUAAUUUUGUUCCUACCCCUGGUCUCCGUCCCCCUUGCUGCUUCCCUUCCCCAUUCUUUCUCUCGCUCUCGCUCUCUCUCUUUCUCUCUCUCUCUCUCUCUCUGAAAUCCGAGUACAUAGCGAAAAAGGCACGUAAAGAAGAUGCAACAGGCGAUCCCGUACAGCAACGGGAGGGCGUGGGCUCCGCGGAGAAACGGCGGGGGAGCGGUCAUCGGGGGGCGGACGGCGGUCGAGCAGGUGGUGGUGGCGGCGCGGUGCGCGACCAGCGGCGGCGAGAUACGGAGGGUGGUGGAGGAGAACCCGGUGGUGGUUGUGGGGCGGCGGGGUUGCUGCAUGGUGCACGUGGUGAGGAGGUUGCUGCUGGGGCAGGGGGUGAACCCGACGGUGUGCGAGGUCGGGGAGGACGCCGACGAGGCGGCGCUCAUCGCCGAGCUGCCCCCGAGCAUGGCUGCCUCCGGCGCCGCCGGCAGCGGCGGGGACGUUGUGGGCCACCUCCGGCGGCAGGGGAUGGUGCUGCCGGCAGUGUUCAUCGGGGGAAGGCUGGUGGGGGGGCUGGACCGGCUCAUGGCCGUCCACAUCUCCGGCGAGCUCGUCCCGAUCUUAAAGCAAGCCGGCGCGUUAUGGCUCUGAAUCCUGUUUUAGUCUUCCAGUCUUUCUAUACAAUGUGAUUUAGGUGUAAUUUAUGGAACGAUAGUUAGGAAACGAUUGGGUGUGCUUCUGCCACAUCUCCCACUGUAUAAGAGAGAUAUAUAUGUAUCUACUCUGCGCCAGAUGGGCGAGCGCACGCAAUUAAUUCCAGUAUCUGCAGUUUUUUUUUUUUUUCUUUAACAAUGCAAUGUUUAGUUUGAUGGGUUAUUUGUGCUCUAUGCUUGCAAUUAGGAAGAAGGUGGAAAGGAUUGAGGUAAUGUUCUCUUUGA